AGAGGAAGAGGAAGAGAGGGAGAAUCUCUGACCUGUGAAACGCUUGUUUAUAAAUUAUGAAAAAACAAAACACAGAGACACACAUCAGAAUCAAACAGCCACACGAUAUCAUCAUCGAUAUCGUAUAACGCACAUUCCCCUUCCCUUCCCCUUCCACCGAUUUAAUUUGACAGAGAUUCUCCAUUUCCAUACAACCUACCUAAGCUGCUGCUGCUAAAGUUUCUAAUUUGCAUUUUUGAGGCUCAGGCUGUGUGUUCCGUUCGUCUUCCCUUAAUUCUGAUUUCAGGUUUUGUAUAUGUUAAUAUAGUAGUUGGUUGGUGAAAGCUUAUCUGACUGAAAGGGUGGGUUUGGGUUUAUUUCGCGAUCCAUCGAUGCCCACCGUCAAGGUUUACAUAGUCUAUUAUUCGUUGUACGGACAUGUCGAGCAAAUGGCAAGAGAGAUUCAGAAAGGUGCAAACACCGUGCCUGGUGUUGAAGCCACACUUUGGCAGGUACCCGAAACACUGCCUAAAAGGGUGUUGGAGAAAAUGAAGGCUCCUGAGAAGGCAGAUGAUGUCCCCGAGAUCAAGCCUGAACAGUUGGUGGAGGCUGAUGGCUUCAUCUUUGGUUUCCCGUCACGAUUUGGAGUUAUGGCUGCACAAUGUAAAGCUUUCUUCGAUGCCACACAUGAUUUGUGGGCUACGCAAGCACUUGCUGGUAAGCCUGCUGGAAUCUUCUGGAGCACUGGCUUCCAUGGCGGUGGACAGGAACUUACGGCAUUGACGGCGGUGACUCAGUUGGCGCAUCACGGGAUGAUAUUUGUUCCGAUGGGGUACACCUUCGGCAGCGGAAUGUUUGAGAUGGAGCAGGUGAAGGGCGGAUCUUCUUAUGGAGCCGGAACUUAUGCAGCGGACGGUUCACGGCAGCCGUCACAGCUGGAACUGCAGCAGGCCUUUCAUCAAGGCAAGUACGUCGCGGAAAUUACGCAGAAGCUCAACGGUACAACAAUAACAAAUAAAUGAAUGAAUGAUCGAAUAUAUGUAAUGUAACAUCAUCAUUAAUUGUAUUGUGUGAUGGAUGGUACAUAUCAAAUUACAAUGCUCAUCUCUUCCGGUCUAAAAGAUGUAUACUUCGCUCCUUUGCACUUUUA